UUGUGUCGCCCCGCCCACUCCGGGUAAUAACCAGCUCUAUUAUGACGUUGCGGUUCUAUUUGGAAUUUUUGCUUCAAAGCUUUCAAAAGAUUUCAGUCAAACAUUUUUACUUUCUAUCUUGAAUCUGCAAAAAAACUGUGAAGAUGUAUUGCUCAAGAAUUUCAAAUUUGCCAUUUUUGUAUAAACCAGAUGGCAUCUAUGAAUCCACCACCAAGAGCCACUUUAGACUCAUUGACAGCAGCUCCAUCCCUGUCAUUCAACCUAAGAUAACCAACCUCACAAUGCACAGGACAAACUUUAAAAUGACUUCUGGGGACAGGAGUGGAGACUUUGUGACCACUCAAUCUGAUUUCAAGCUCCUGCCAAUGUCUAAAGCCAAACUUGUUCGACCAGUUACCAAAGUCAGAAUAAGUGUGCCGGAGGGAAAAUAUCCCGAGCCGACAUACGGAUCCAGUUACACCAAACAUGAGGUGUCUCCAAUCCUCAUUGCAAAGGAAUCAGGGAGCGCAGGAGUUGGAUCAAGUCUAAGGCAGGAGAAAAAGAACAGAUAUGACUGUAGUUAUCAAGAGCAGUUCCUGUACAGCGGGUGUCCUCCUCUUUCUCCUCUGGAGUCCAUAGAGAAGCAACGAGUUCAGUAUUCAGCUGUACCAAUGGGAGACCGAGAAAAAAUACAAGACAAGCAAACAACUUAUUCCAUCUUUUUCAGACAGUCAGUUGACCACAGCCCUGAAAGUCUGCUUUACAAGAGAAAGAAACGUCAGCCUUUCAAGCUUCGGCAACUUCGUGAUGAUGAAUGGACUACAAUAUCAUCUGAGGAGUUUCCUUCACACGAAUGCGGCCCUAUUCACCUAGAGCGCAGAUGCCCGACUCUCAGCUCUGUGUUCAAAGGAGAGAAACUUACAGGCAACCAGGAGAGCCUGUCAACAACAAACCAGUCCUUCCUCUCAGAGAUAAACCGCUCAGAGUUCCCAGUGCAUGUGGAUGGACCCAGUAUCAGGACUUUGAGCAAUGUUACAUUCGGGAGGCCUGAUCUGGCUGGCAAAUAUUACAGCACAACAUCACAGGAGCAGUUCUCAUCAAAAGAAGUGCUUCGUCCCAAGCCAUCGGUUUACCCACCUAGCCACAUGCUGCUUGAGCAAGAGUCGGAUCAGAUGCUCACAACCAUCCAAAAAGAUUUUGUCCCCUUGAACUCCAGAAGACAGGAACUGAGCCCUAGUCAGCUUCAGCGGGUUAAAGACUGCCAUAUCAAACCCCGGCAGAGCAAACAUGACUUCAGGACGACGCACAAUGAAACUUAUGUGUUCAAACCCUACUGCAAGGCAUCCCAGGACAACUCAUCCCUAAGAAAUAUCAGCCAUAUGCCAUUUUAAAUUAUUAAAAAAACAACAACUUCCAAAUCACAGAAAAGCUUUGCACUCUAAACAAAUGGGGAAUUUCUGCUAAAAGCCUGCUUAUUCAAUAAUCUUAUUAAAUGCUAAUCUAUUAUCAGGUAUUUGUCAUUAAACAUAAUUGAACUCAGCCCUGUACAUUACACAUGGGGACUGAAAGAUUCUCAUUAAUAGUAGCCAUCAUUUACCCACAAUAAUAUGUGGCCCCCAAAAGCCACUUUUCUUCCUCGUGUCAUUUAUGAAAAAACAAGGACUUUGUUUAGAGUGCAGGCCUUUUUUUGUUUUUGACACUAAACAAUAAAAUGUUUAAG